UUCCAAGAAAAUUGUGUCUCGCUCCCAUGAAAUAUAAUUCAACUCAACGAAAGCAAUAUAAGAUCUGCAUGCACUGUGGUUGCUGUACAAAGAAGGUAUCCAGUAUCCAGUCAAAUCUUCCAAGCGAAAGCAUGGAGAUGCAGAAGCAAACCCUUGGUAUAAUUAUUGGCUUCUCAUUGGUUGGACUUUCCUUACUAGCAUUUGUUCUUCGGAAAAAAAAGAGACCAGUUGCUUUGAAUCCAAAGGAGAAAAUUCCAUUCAUGUUGGUUAGUAAAGAGGUUGUUUCGCAUGACACAAGAAAGUUCCGUUUUGCUCUUCAGUCUCCAGAGCAUAUUCUUGGAUUGCCAAUAGGCAAGCACAUAUAUCUGUCUGCUAUUAUCAAUGGAAACUUGGUUGUACGGCCAUAUACUCCUGUCUCCUCUGAUGAUGAUAUUGGCUAUUUUGAUCUGGUCAUAAAGGUUUAUUUCAAAGGUGUCCAUCCCAGAUACCCUGAUGGUGGCAAAAUGUCACAGCAUCUGGAUAGUUUGAAUAUUGGAGACACAGUUGAUGUCCGAGGACCUUCUGGUAAAAUAACUUACACAGGACCAGGGAGACUUGAAAUUAAGGAUGGAACAAAACCCCUUGUUGUGCGAAAGUGUAGCAAGAUUGGAAUGAUUGCAGGAGGAACAGGCAUUACACCAAUGCUGCAAGUUAUCAGGGCCAUACUGAAAAACUCAUACGACAAAACAAGCAUGUGGUUACUCUUCGCCAACCAGACUGAAGCGGAUAUUCUUUUGCGAUCUGAGCUCGAGCAGAUUGCAGCAGAACAUGGAGAUAGGUUCAAUUUGUGGUUCACAUUGGAUCGACCGGAUGAAGGUUGGAAGUACAGCUCCGGUUUUAUAAAUCAAGCUAUGAUCAAAGAACACAUGCCACCCGCUGGACCGGACACUCAGAUUCUCAUGUGCGGACCGCCAGCUAUGGUCCAAUUUGCAUGCAUACCGAACCUUGAGAAAAAUGGAUUCAGCACUGACAUGCAUUUUGCUUUCUAAAAUCAAUAUUUUUUAACUGUUUGUAAAACUUUGUUUACUCGUUUGGUUUACAUUUUUCGGAUAAACAUAAUUACGCAAUUGAAAGUGGUAUUAGUUGGUAAAAACACGUCCAUGGCUUGAUUUAAAUGUUACGUCUUUUCCCUGGGGCCAACUCUAGACGUUCGUGUGCCAAAAGUCCUUAUUUUCUUAUCCCUCUUCUUUCCCUAUCAAGACGCGUGCACUUUGUUGCUGCCCACCCCUUCCCCUACUAGAAUAACCCCUGUGACCUGUAACCUUUUAUCUGACAGUUCGAGGAUAAUUUGUCCAAAACUUUCUUACAUAUCUUAUUUAUCUAAAGAGGAAUGUUCAAUAGAAGGUUAGAGCGCGUGCAAGUUUUCCCCUUAAACCCUCCUUAUUGCCUGUAUGCGAUGACGCUGUUUCAUUGAGCCCACAUAUUCCCCUCCCCCCUCAAUUUUUUAUCUUAAGCAGUUUUUGGAUGUCCCCUUGCUAUCAAUUUAUUUUACGAGAAAUAGUCUACAGAUGCUACUUUUCUGAAGCUUGAAAUAGUUUCAGAAAAUUUACUUUAUUUAAUUUCUUAUCUUCUGUUUCUUGAAGUUAAAAGCCUAAUUUUUAAAAGGGCGUUUCCAUCGGGUCAUCUUAAGGGCGUGGCAUCAAAACCUAAUCAUUAUCUACCCCCGCCCCUGUCUAAAAUUUUUAUUAGGAAAACAAGCUUAUGUGCCUCGAUUUGUGUUCAAAAUACAAUUCUUAGCUGGCCUUGUUGAUUGUCAUAGAGUUUAGCAGGGUUGCCCGAUGAUUGGAAUGGUUGACGGCUCAAAUUCGGCCAGCCAAACAAAAUAUACAAAAAAGCUACAUUUUUGCUAAUCCUGUGGAGUAAUAGUGUAAUCAAAAUUUGCUUUCUUUGUUACAAAAGCUCCCACUUGCUUUCAAUUUCAAUUUUCUGCUAUCUUUUCUUUUGUUUCUUGCUUCAUUAUUUGCAAUUUUGAGAGCAUUUAACAAAAAGUUGAAUAUUGUCUGUACUAAAGUUGCCGUUUUCUUUGUAUUUUUGUGGCUUUCGACAUGCGGCCAAAAUUCGGCCAACUUUCACUUUUUCGACCAACUUUUACUUUUCCGGCCAAAUCAAUUUUCGACGGCCAACAGCUUUGAAAAACGGCCAGAAUGGAGGAAUUUGGCCGCCAAAGCGGCCAAAUGGCAACCCUGGAGUUUAGUUCGCCAUGGCUAAAGAGUGGCAAAUUGACGUCAAAAAUCUAUUUUUAUAAUUUUUAAUUUCUGACCACAUCUCCUGAAAGAACACUGAGAAAUACCUUUAGAUUUGCAAAAUCGGUUGAAUCUGUUGCAAACCGACUGAUAUAUUGUCACGUAAGCAUGGGCUGUUGCCUUACCAAACCGCUGUAUAUUGGCUCUGGUUUUAAAACUUAUACUGGCCAUAUUGCAGUUAAUCUUGAACAGUUUAAACUGAUUUUGAAUAUAUGUGAUAUUUGUUGAU